AUGAACAGUGCUCUCAGGUUGGGUUGGAUGGUAUUUAGCUCAGAACGAUUGACUGUGCAUGAAACCAUGGAUUCACAAGUGUCAUUUGUAGUGUUGAAAGAUGGUGGCACUGCCGUGGAUUCUGCAAUCGCGUCAGCGUUAUGUAUUGGUGUUAUCAAUAGUUUUGCCACAGGCAUUGGAGGUGGAGGAUUCAUGCUGAUCCGUGAUGCCAAUGGUGAAUACGACUUUAUUGAUUUCAGAGAGACUGCCCCAAGCGCAUCUACAGAAGACAUGUAUGCUCUUGAUAGCAUUUUGUCUCAGGUUACUGGACUCGCUGUAAGCGUUCCUGGCGAAAUUCGUGGGUUUGAAAUGGCACAUAGCAAACAUGGCAAGCUUCCUUGGUCUAGACUUUUCAGAGACUCCAUUGAUAUAGCAAGAAAUGGAUUUCCUGCAAAUGAGCUCAUGUACAAGCGGCUCAAGGACUCGCAAGAUUGGAUGCUCGAUUCAGCGGAAUGGGUGGAAGUGUUUGCACCCAAUGGCACUAUUGCGCAGCCAGGUGAUAUCAUUAAACGACCUACUCUUGCUACAACGCUUGAGACGAUUGCCAGCAAAGGCGCCGAUGCAUUCUAUUCUGGCUUUAUUGCUGAAUCUAUCGUCAACACAACCGUAAACAAUGGAGGCAUCAUUACACUAGAAGAUCUUAAGAAUUACAGAGCAUUGAGUCGACCCGUCAUAUCCACCACUUAUCACAACCACAAGAUAUUCACCACAUCUGCGCCCACAAGUGGUCCCGUAUUACUCAACAUCUUGAACCUGAUAGAACCCUUCAAUUUUGCCAAGGAUGGUGGUCGAACGGCGCUGAAUAUGCAUCGAUUAGUGGAAGCAUUCAAGUUUGGAUACGCAGCACGCACUGAGAUGGGGGAUCCGGCAUUCACAGACAUUGAGGAGAGAAUGGAAGAGCUGAUAUCAAAAGAGUGGGCUGAUUUAGUUCGAAUGAAUGUAACAGAUAACGAAACACAUGGUCCUGAAUACUACCAGCCUCGGUUUGAAGGAAACGAACCUCAUGGCACUAUGCAUUUGUCCGUCGUGGACAAAGAGAAUGCAGCUGUUGCUUUGACAUCUACUGUCAACCUCAUUUUUGGAUCAAGAAUCAUGGACCGUGCAACGGGCAUCAUCUUGAACGACCAGCAAGAUGAUUUCAGCAGUGCUGGGAUCUCUAAUGCAUUUGGUUUUAGUCCCAGUGUGGCCAAUUUUGUUGCGCCAGGCAAGAGACCUCUGUCUUCUGUAACAGACACGAUCAUCGAAACUGAAGAUGGGCAGCUCAAGAUGGUGGUAGGUGCCUCUGGUGGGUCUGAAAUCAUCACAGCUACUCUCAAUGCCAUUAUCAACACACUUGAUUUCAACAUGGACCUAUACGAAGCGGUUGGGCUACCCCGUAUCCAUCAUCAGCUGCUUCCAAAUCAGAUUGGCAUUGAACCAGGAUUUGAUGCUCGUAUUGCUGAGGGAUUGAUCAAACGGGGACAUGAGAUAUACAAAUUAGAUGCAAACGGCAUCUUCUCGGCUAUUCAAGCCAUUGUUCGCUUUUCCAACGGCAGCCUCGAUGCAGCCAGCGAUCCAAGAAAGUUUGGGCUUGCUGCUGCCUACUGA